AUCAGCAGUUGGCAUCGAUGCUUUUCCACCUCUAUUGACUAAUUAUUUUAGAAUUGUUUUAGCAAAUCAAAGUAAAUAAAAACACCUGCAAACAUGGCGAAAAUGGCAUUUCAGCACCAGGCCGGCACGGCAAUGGAAUGUUUGAGCAUUCCCAUCACGUUGCACAAGGAAAAGGAUUACGAUCAGGAGGGGCGGGAGAUUCUAAAGUGCGGCUUCAAGAUCGGCGGAGGAAUCGAUCAGGACUAUAAAAAGAGUCCCCAAGGCUACACGGAUUAUGGCAUCUAUGUGACCGAAGUGCACGAGGGCAGUCCAGCCGCCCGCGCUGGUCUGCGGAUCCAUGACAAGAUCCUCCAGUGCAACGGCUACGACUUCACCAUGGUCACCCACAAAAAGGCCGUGAGCUACAUCCGGAAAAACCCGAUACUCAACAUGCUGGUGGCACGCAAGGGUGUGACCUCCACAUAAGUGGAUCUCGAACUCCAGUGACUCCAGCAGUAUUGAAGCGGCAUCUAAACUAUCCCCUCCACUGCCUCCCUUGGCAAGGAUCUCUUCGCCCCUUGGAAACUAUCCGAACUCUUAGAUAUUAUAUAUAUAUAUAUAUAUGUAUUCAUAACUUAUGCAUAUCGCGCACACAUAUAGCCAGCCGUAAAUGUAGCACCCAGUAAUGCUUCUUGUUGAAUUCGAUUUCGAUUUCUUUGCCUCUACAUCCGUUGUUGAACGAAUCUCGCCAAGCUCUUGAGCAGAAAACAGAUUGCCAAAUGCCCAUAUAAACAAACAGUUCCACAAACAUUAGACUCCACCAUAUAAACAAUUUUGUACUUUUAUAUGUGCAGACCAUUCCAAAAACCAAACCGAAACCGAAGCAAAUGGCGAACGCAAAGUUGUUGAAACCAACAUACAUUCAUAGUACUUACUUGUGAUAAAUAACUUUAACUGUGCAGAUAUGUGCGUAGAAAGCGCAUCACUUAAGUUUUAAAAUUGAGUUUUUAAUGUUAAAUUGCAAUUGAAUAAAUGUUUGCUAUAUAAAUGUGA